UCAGUUAUACGCUUGGAAAAUGAUUGAUUCAGAUUUUCCCGAUAAAAUCGAAGAACUUGAGCACAUUGCAAUAUUUGGUUUUGAUGGCACCAAACCAAGUGGACUGAAAUUACAUCAAAAUCAUUUGAUUUUUCCGCUCGGCAGCAAGAUCUCCAUUAUUAAUGUUGAAACAAAUAAACAGGAAUUUUUAUGCGGUCACACGAACACUGUGUCAGCGAUUGCCGUUUCCAAAUGUGGGCGAUAUAUCGGAUCGGGACAGAUAAAUGAGAGUGGAAGUCGUGCGUAUGUGAUUAUAUGGGAUUGGACAAAUCGGCAGGAAAUCAGCCGAUAUCAAUUACAUAAGGAUCAAAUUCAUUCAUUGUGUUUUUCAUCUGACGGAGAACAUUUGAUAAGUUUGGGUGGUGUCGAUGAUGGUCGAUUGGUUGUUUGGAACAUUGAAAAAAGAAUGGCUAUUUGCGGUGCGUUAGCAAAAAAUGAGGUCACCGGAUUGGCACGCUCAUUGUGCGCUUCGCAUAAAUUGGAUAACAUAUUUUUAACAUGUGGCGAACAACAUCUUCGAAUCUGGCACAUAAAUACGGAUAGUAAAAAGCUCAAUGUGCUUAACGCAAGUCUUGGUAAAAUACGCCGAAAUUUCACAUCAAUGAUAGUAAGCAGCGAUGAUUCAACGGUUUACGUUGGCACCAUGAGCGGUGAUGUGGUGAAGCUGAGACUGAAUUGUCGUCAAAAUGAAUUCAACAAACCAACACUAAUCGGUGCGUAUGGACGUCACAAUCCAAGAAAAUCGCCGGGAAAAGACUGCGAAAAAUACAUGAAUGGUGUACGUGACUUGAUUUAUGUCAAUAAUGAACGACAAUUGUUGAUUGGCGCCGGCGAUGGAACCAUUGAAUUGGUCGAAGAACGUAACAUAUUUAUCAAAGACUAUCCAAUGCCCACAUGGCCUAUGUUCAAGGCGUUGAAACGAAAAAAAGUCAACGGAUGCGUAACUUCGCUGCAAUACAGCAAUCAAACAAUUUAUAUUGGAACAGAUUCAUGCGAAAUCUAUACCCUUGACUAUCAGACAUUUAUAUUGAAACUACAAAUUACUUGUAACAGCUGCAUUGUUAAUGACAUUGCAUUUCCACAUAAUUUUUCAUCAGUUUUUGCAACAGCAAGUUAUCAAUCGGUUCGAGUGUGGUCAUUAACGAAAAAGCAAGAACUUUUACGUAUUGUUGUGCCAAACUUUUUGGCGGCCGCUGUUAUUUUCUCAUUCGAUGGUCAAAGCAUUGUAACAGCAUGGAAUGACGGCGUCAUCAGAGCAUUCACACCACUCACCGGAAAAUUGAUUUAUGCAAUAUCGAAUGCGCACAAUAAAGGUUGUUCAGCGUUAACGAUAUCAAGUUGCGAUAAUUUGCUUGUGUCUGGCGGUAAUGAAGGCCAAAUUCGAAUAUGGAGAAUUGCAGCGGCCCAACAAAAUCUUGUAACGGUUCUAAAGGAACAUACAGCACCAAUCGCAUCAUUGCAAUUCAAUUGUUUUGACCGUGAAAUCGUGUCGAGCUCAAGCGAUGGAACAUGUAUUAUUUGGGACAUAACGCGUAUGACCCGAAAACAUGUUCUUAGCGCAAAUACACAGUUCACUUGUGCUGAAUUCUUUCCAUCUGGCGUUCAAGUAUUGGCCACAGGAACCGAUCGAAAAAUCAGCUAUUGGGAGGUGUUUGAUGGCAGUCUGGUGCGUCACGUUGAAGGUAGUUCGACAGGUUGCGUCAAUUGGCUGUCGAUUAAUUCAUCGGGCGAAAUGUUCGUGACGGGCGGUGUUGAUCAAAUUAUCAAGUUAUGGGAUUAUCAAACCGCUUUGCAGAUGUGUGCAGGCAUGGCACAUGCGGCAAGUAUUGUUUGUUGUCGAUUCAGUCCAUGUGGAAAAUUCAUCGUUUCAGGCAGUGAAGAUGGUGCCGUUAUUAUCUGGAAAAUACCAGAGAAAUAUUGGCCAAAACCUAAUGCUGAUCCAUUGAAUAUAUCAUCAAUUGAGAGUGUGAAGAAAAAAUUCUCGAAAUAUGAAAAACGACCGGAACAUAUAAAACAACAAGUACAAUUGGAUCGUUCGAAAAAAGAUCUACAAAUCUUCGAAUGUCCUCCAAUUAAAUCCGAUGCACAAACAGCGAAAAGUAUCAAGUCAACGCCGUCUUCGAAAGGCUCCAAGAAAAAUUAAGAAACACUUUCAAUAACAUUUUAAUUGUGUAUUUAUUUAUAAAA